AUGUCAGCCAACCUGCAACAUCUCAAGGCAUACCUCCGUCAAUCACUGGAUUCGGGAAGUGGCUCCAACUACCACCAGAACUCUGGACCCAAGUCUUCUCCUUCUUAUACACCUCCCAACUCGGCUCCAUCGCAGCCGUCAACAAGACUUGGCGGGACCUCGUGCAAGGUCUCCAAAUAUGGAGAGGCAUCUCUUCCAAAGCGGGGCUACUGGUUCAAUCCAAUAGUCCAGGAAAAGUCGCAGGAGAUUUGUGAGGACUGCUUUGGGAAGUUUGCGUUGCAGGAAGUUGAGCGCGUUCUACCGAUUGGGAUUGAUAUCGACAAGUUUGGUACUAUGAACAGGAACAGGAACAGCAACAACGACGGCGACGGCGAAGACAAGGAUAACAACAGCAAUUCUGCACCAGGAACAGCUCCAGUCCUUCCAGAUCUCAUGAUCCAGAUGUGA